GCUCACAGAAACAUUCCACAGAGACAGACAAACAGAGAGACAUUCCUCUGGCACCUUACAGGAUAUCCUGGGGAAGUAUUUUACGGAUCUUUGUCACCUCAGUGCUUGAAUUGGACCAGAACCAGAAUGGCUCUCAUGAAGUCUGGCUGGCUGUGGAGAAAAACCUCCAUGCUGAAGCGCUGGAAGCUGAACUGGUGUGACCUGUGGAUCGAUGGCAGUCUCGUAUUCUACAAGUCAGACAGCCGGAGAGACUACGAGACUCGGGUGGGUCUGAAGAACUCCUGCGUCGCCGUCAAGUCCGGCUUGGAGUGUGCCGGUGUGCUCCCACCAGACAGCCACCCGAGAGAAAACCUGCUGGUGUUGACCAUGAAGGACGGCUCGGACAUCAUCCUGUGUGCCAACAGCGAAGACGAGGCGCUGGCAUGGAAUCUUACUAUCAUGGAUGCCAAGAGUAACGCGGUGUUCGCUUAUGAUCCCCACGAUGAGACUUAUCAGCGGGUUAGAGUGGACGGCCACAACAAUGUCUACGUAGCCCCUGGUACUGGAGGGGCCCAGCAUGUGUAUAUCCACCAUGAGCCGUACGACGAUGGCAUAAGCGAGUCGGUGGCACUGGGGUUGCUGGCGGGCAUGGCCGCGGGCGCUGCCAUGCGGUCGUUCCUGUGGAUGCCCUUCUGGUUAUGCUAGGAGAGGACCACCAAA